UGUGUUUUCUUAGGGAAAGAAGAAAAAAACAGUCUGUAUGAAGAUGGAGAUGUAGUUAUAGGGGGCUUGUUCCCUCUACACUACAGCUCUGUGUCCUCUGUUCCGACUUACAAAACAGAACCAACACCAACUAUGUACAAAUAUUUCAGCUCUCGUGCCUUGCGCUGGAUGCAGACCAUGACAUUUGCAAUCACAGAGAUAAAUGAGCGCAGUGACCUACUCCCACAGCUCAAGCUGGGUUUCCACAUCCGUGACAGCAGAGAUGACAUACCUGUGUCUCUAAGAGCAUCCCUGCUGCUGGUGAACGGCCAGCCAGAGAGAGGUUCCACAGCUGAGAAUGUGACAGGAAACAAAAAUCUCAAACGAAACCUUGGCGCUAAUUUAGGCUGUUCCGCUGUACAAAGGACUGUGUCCUCAGUAAUCAUAGGUGAUGCUGCCUCUGGAGUGUCUAUGGCACUGUUAAGAAGCCUGGGUUCUUUCCAUAUUCCUCUGGUGAGCUAUUUCGCAUCCUGCAGCUGCCUGAGUAACCAAAGGGAGUUCCCCACAUUCAUGCGCACAAUGCCUAGCGAUGCUUUCCAGAUCAGAGCACUCGCCCGGCUGGUUAGUUAUUUUGGCUGGACGUGGGUGGGAGUCAUCGGUGUGGAGUCAGAUUACGCUCGCUUUGCCAUUGAGCUCUUUCUGCAGGAAUCAGUGCAGUACGGUGUGUGUGCUGCCUACACUCACUUUUACCCUGUAACCCUUAAUCAGCAGGCUUUAGAUGAGCUUCUGGAUGUGAUUCAGAUGGCGUCCUCAAAGGUCAUCAUUAACUUUUCUGGUGAGUCAGAACUUCAGGGUAUUCUGGCAGCAGUCCAGCGCCGGAAUAUAACCGGUCUGCAGUGGAUUGCCAGUGAGGCUUGGGCCACUGCCUCAUCUCUCUGGGAAAAGUUUGGAGACCUCCUGAUGGGAACACUGGGAUUUGCCAUCCGUAGAGCUGAUGUGAUUCCAGGGCUGAAACAACACCUCACCAGUCUCAGAACACCAUAUAUUCAGAAAUCAGCCUUUUUAGCAGAGUUCUGGGAAGAGCUGUUUAACUGUCGGCUGAACGGGUCAGUGAACAGCCACUCUCAUGGGGGUGACAACUACCUCGACAGAUUGCCAUGUAAAGGGACGGAGGAUUUAAGUGAAGUUUACUCUCCUUAUUCUGAUGUGACACAGCUGAGAGUGUCCUUUAAUGUCUACAAGGCGGUGUAUCUUGUGGCCCAUGCCUUGCAUGAUAUGAGUGACUGCAUAAUAGGAAAGGGGCCUUUUCCCAAUGGCACCUGCACAGACCCUAAGAACUUUGAACCGUGGCAGCUCAUCCACUACAUGAAACAGGCACAUUUUUCUGCACUGGGAGAGAAAAUCAACUUUGAUCAAAAUGGUGACCCUAUUGCUUAUUAUGAUCUUUUGAACUGGCAAACGAGACCUGAUGGCUCACUUCGAUUGGUAAAAGUAGGUUUCUAUGACGCCUCCAUGCCUGCUGGACGCAGCCUGGUCAUAAAUGACUCAGUGAUUGAGUGGCCUGUUGGAAAGCAGGCUUCCCGGUCUGUAUGCAGCGACAGCUGUCCUCCAGGUUUCCGUAUCGCCAGGAGGAAGGGGGAACCCAUCUGCUGUUUUGACUGUGUCCCUUGUGCUGAGGGCGAAAUUAGUAACAAGACUGAUUCUUUAGAGUGCUCACACUGCUCUGAUGACUCAUGGCCCAAUGGAGCCAGAGAUCUCUGCCUCCUAAAGACUAUUGAGUUCCUAUCUUACCACGAGUUGAUGGGUAUUGUGAUGUGUGUCGUAGCAGUUCUUGGAGCUUGUAUCUCUCUUUCAAUACUCACCAUAUUCUUUACAUACAAAGACACACCACUGGUUCGGGCGAACAACAUGGAGUUGAGCUUCCUUCUCCUGGUGUUUCUUACCGUCUGUUUUCUUGUCAGCCUGCUGUUUAUUGGCGAGCCCUCGGACUGGCUUUGCCGAAUCAGAUACCCAGCAUUUGGGAUCAGUUUUGCCCUUUGCAUUUCAUGCCUACUUGCCAAGACAGUGGUGGUCCUCAUGGUUUUUAGGUCUACACUGCCAGGAAGUAAUGUCAUGAAGUGGUUUGGACCCAACCAGCAGAGAGCUAGUGUGCUUUUAGGCACAAUUAUCCAGGUAAUAAUCUGUUUUAUCUGGCUGCUCACUAAUCCACCUUAUGCCAACAACAACACAAAUUACCACAGUGCUACCAUCAUUAUUGAGUGUGUUGCUGGUUCAGAGGUUGGCUUCUGGUGUGUUCUUGGAUAUAUUGGCUUCCUGGCCUGCAUGUGUUUCCUAACGGCAUUUUUGGCUCGGAAGCUGCCUGAUAAUUUUAACGAGGCUAAGUUCAUCACCUUCAGCAUGCUGAUAUUCUUCGCAGUGUGGAUUACUUUUAUCCCAGUGUAUGUGAGCACAGCAGGGAAAUACACAGUGUCCGUCCAUAUUUUUGCUAUUUUAGCCUCGGCUUUUGCUCUCCUCUUUUGUAUUUUUGUUCCGAAGUGCUGUGUUAUCAUUCUGAAACCAGACAAAAACAGCAAGAGAAACAUGUUGCAAAGAUGA